UAUUGCUGUGCUUUGUAGAGGGAAAAUGACAGAACAACAGGGAACCCCGGACCAGCUGCCUGCAGAGAAGGGCCAAGGAGGAGCUGGAGCUACAUAUAAGUUGACAAUUUUUGAGUUUGAGAACUUUCGUGGAAGGAAGGCAGAGUGCUCUGGUGAAUGUAAGGAUGCCUGGGAGAAGACACAGAAAAUUGGCUCAAUCAUUGUGGAGUCAGGACCAUGGGUUGGGUAUGAGCGUCCAGGAUAUGCAGGAGAGCAGUUUGUGCUAGAGAAAGGAGAGUAUCCUUGCUGGAGCUCCUGGACAAACUGGCAGAAUAGCUUCAGCCUGUGCUCUUUCAGGCCUCUGAAAGUGGAUAGUGCAGACCAUAAGCUGCACCUGUUUGAGAACGCAACCUUUGAAGGUAGAAAGAUGGAGAUUGUUGAUGAUGAUGUCCCCAGUCUGUUGGCUUAUGGUUUCCAGGACCGUGUGGCCAGUGCGAAGGCUAUCAAUGGAACGUGGGUUGGAUACUCAUACCCAGGCUACAGAGGGCGCCAGUAUGUGUUUGAACAUGGAGACUACAAGCACUGGAACGACUGGGGAGCCACUGCACCUCAGAUCCAGUCCGUCCGACGUGUGCGGGACAUGCAGUGGCACAAGAGAGGAUGCUAUAUUGCCCCUUCCCCUACACCUCCCAAUCCCGCUCCAGCUCCCGCUCCCACUCCCAACCCCAAUCCUAACCCGAACCCUAAACCCAAACCUAACCCCAAUCCUAACCCUGCUCCCAACCCCAAAUCCCAAACUCAACCCCAACCAUAAACACCACAACUCCAGCACCUCCUACACCAACUGGGGCACGCGGAAGGCAGCAAGCAAGUCCCCAGUCUCUCUACUGCACACCUUUGUAGUCUAGAAUAACUGACAUGCAACUUCUGCAAACUGGUACAGAACUGACAAUAAUGUAACAUUUAAAUCUGCUGGGAAUAAAGGUUUUGGCCCUGAAUUUUGGUCAUCUGGAAA